AGAGAGAGAGCUGCCGCUGAGUCUCAGUGCAGCGGUUGUUCUCUGAGUAACGGGACAGAGGUGAAUUAUUGCAGUUCACUUGCGCGCGACUGCGAGGGAAUACAAUGAAUAUUCCGAACAUCCGUGGAAUAAACAGCGCUAAACAACAGUCGAGCCAUUUCUCUUAACCAGACGCGCCUGGGAGCUUUUUGUACUCUUUGAGGAGUUACAAGUGAGUUUUGGAAUAACUUUGUUGGAUUUCUCUGUCUCUACUCCAAAAGCAUAAUCUUUCAGGAUGGAUGACGGACAAUGCCACUACAAUGAAACCAUAGCCUUUUUCUACAAUCGCAGUCAGAAGGAUCUGGCCAUGGACUGGAACCCCGUAAGCAAGCUAGUAAUGGGACUUGGGAUUACAGUGUGUAUCUUUAUUAUGCUAGCUAACUUGCUUGUGAUGGUGGCCAUCUACAUCAACCGCCGAUUUCACUUCCCAAUCUACUAUCUCAUGGCUAACCUAGCAGCCGCGGACUUCUUUGCCGGACUUGCCUAUUUCUACUUGAUGUUCAACACGGGACCCAAUACGAGGAGACUAACGGUCAGCACGUGGUUGCUUCGCCAAGGCCUCAUCGAUACGAGCCUAACAGCCUCAGUUGCCAACUUGCUAGCUAUAGCCAUUGAGCGCCACAUAACUGUGUUCCGCAUGCAGCUCCAUACCCGAAUGAGCAAUCGACGAGUAGUUGUAGUUAUCGUCAUCAUCUGGACCAUGUCUAUCGUCAUGGGAGCCAUUCCUAGCGUGGGCUGGAAUUGCAUCUGUGCCAUAGAUACUUGCUCCAACAUGGCUCCCCUAUACAGCAACUCCUACUUGGGCUUCUGGGCGAUCUUCAACCUGGUGACCUUCGUAGUCAUGGUCGUUCUAUAUGCUCACAUAUUUAUGUAUGUACGUCAGCGAACCAUGAGGAUGUCCCGGCACAGCUCGGGUCAAAGGCGGAACAGGGACACUAUGAUGAGCUUGCUGAAAACAACUGUGAUUGUAUUGGGAGCUUUCAUUGUGUGCUGGACGCCUGGUUUGGUGCUUCUCCUGCUGGACGUGGUCUGCUCCAACUGCAAUGUCCUGAGCUAUGAGAAAUUCUUCCUUCUUUUAGCGGAAUUCAACUCUGCCAUGAACCCUAUCAUAUACUUCUACCGGGACAAGGAGAUGAGCGUCACGUUCAAGCAGAUCCUGUGCUGUCAGCGGCAGGAGAAUGUUAACGGUACAGCAGAGGGUUCGGACCGGUCUGCAUCCUCCAUCAACCACCCGGUCCUGAGCAGCACGCACCAUAAAGACCAUUCAGUGGUCUGAGGCUCAGCACGGCCCGGGAUCUUAGCAGAAGCGAGAAGAGACUUCGAAAAAGGCAUUUUCAUCAGCAAAAGACUUGUGGUUAUGAAGUUGUCUUUAUAAAGUUUUGACAUGAUAUUGAACUAUUUAAAGGCUGAUCCAAGAGGAUUUAAGUUUAACAAAAAUCGUAUUUGUUCCCGAAACGCCUUAAGUAUGGAAAAGUUGGAUGAGUAUUUUGGCUAGUUGUAAUUUUUUGGCCAGAUUGUUGUAAAUCGAGGAGUUGCGUGAGUUUUAGUCUUGUACAGCAGGUGUUGAAGGGAAGGGCGCAGUGUCGGGUGAAUCUGUCCUCAGUUUGCACUAGAAAGAAAGAAAGAGUGCAUGUAAGGGGCCGCUGGGAAAUAACUUUGGUGAAUUAUGCAAAGUACUUGAUUGUUUGCUUUUUGUUUUUGUUUUGUUUUGCACUGCAGGUUCAUCCCUAUGAUACCAAGCUGCCACCAAAAUGUACACCUAAAAAAAAAAUACACUACUGGUCAAAAGUGUUUUUUUUUUUUUUUGGUCUAAUGAUUAUCAAGACUGCAUUCAUUAAAAAAAAAA